AUUCCUGCUCUCCAGGUAUGUGGAGCAGACGGCGUCAGUCCACCAAUCAGCGCCAGGGGGACCCAGGAAUGUGACCAUUCCAAAUAUGUAUCUGAUCUCUUCAUAAAUUACCAAAACCGUAAGACAGAGACUCUCUGAGUCAGAUAAUGGGACAUCGCUGAAGUCGAUCUGAACAUUUGUCGUCUUGCUAUACAUUAAUACAAGAAUCAAAUGUUUCGACAAUUCAUUUUGAAUAACUUUUUGUUUACACUACCGGGAUUGUAUUCAAACAGGAACUCCAGUCAAACAAUCGAAUCUUGACUUUGAAAUUCUUGGACUUAAAAAAACCCCUACAGCAGAAGUGACGAAACAAUCCUAGACAGGCAGGUGGAAUGCUGGUACGUGAACACCGUCUGUAGACACGCUUCACUGAGCACAGGGUGCGUCGCUCUAAAAAACAAUAAAGUUGAUCUUGAAGCCAAAAUUAUCCAUACGACUUGCCAGUUUGGCGUGGUACACGUGGAAUAUAAAUCAUUUGUAGUGUGUGUGUGUAUUUGUUUUUAAACUGCUGGACUGAACAUUUGAAGGCAAUAUUAUUGGAGGUGAAACCUAUUGAACAUUCGUUGAGGCGUUCUUCUUUUGUACGCUGAGUAAAUUAAAAAGUGGGAAUUCUAAAACAUAUUGUUCCGCUAAACAUGUCCGUCUGUACAAUGAUGGUGCUGGCUUGUAUGGUCUUCAUGGGCCAGAUAUUUUAUGGUGAGACCCGGAUGUGCUCUGUCUGUAGACCAGUCGACCCAGGCUGUGCCGCCGGCAACGUCAUGCCCAUGGAGUGUCCCGGCAACAUUCAACACUGCUACGUCUACCACCUCUACAUCGAGGAUGGAGGUGUUGCUAUCUUCAGGGGCUGCACCAACAUUACCUUAGAGGGCGACCGCUGCAUGCAUCGGACAAUGAACAACGGGCGCAGCGGCAUCGGCUGCCAAAGCACGUGCAGCUGGGAAGCCUGUAACUCCAACUACCUGCCGCCUGUCUCGUCCCUAGACCGGAACAGGCGAGCAGCUGAAAGCGCCGGACAACUGACCGAUGGAUUCCAGAAUUUGUUUUUGAGAAGACGAAGAUCUUUAGACAAAGUAAGAAGAUUGUUCCGAAAACGAAACCUUCAGAUUUUUUAAAUUUUGCAUUUUAAUUUAUUGUUUGAGAAUGUUGAUUUUGACAUUUCGAUUCAGUUAAUUUGAAGAAAAACGAGAAAAAAAACCGCGUCUGUUACGUGGAGAAAUCUUGGAACAUUUUGAACUUUGUGAUGAACUGGGGUUUGACCUUUUGCUUAUGUGAACAUUUUUUUUAAACGUUGUACAUCUGGGUAUUCCUUUUUUUGCAUUUUUUGCUUAACCUUGCGCAAAAAGCGCAGAAUUUUAAAAUAUAUUUCCCCCAAUUAUGUAAAUUUCAUGAAAAGCAAAAACGUGAACAAGCGUGUAAAUGAGUGUUUUAAAUUAAUGUAAUUUAUAUUUGUGCAAUCUUUGCUAUACACAGCUUUAGGCUGACAGUUCCUUACAUUGGAGCUUGAUUGUAAACUCCUUUAGUAAUUAGGCCAACAUUAAUUAAAUCUAGUAAAACUGCAGCAUUAAAAUUAGGCUUCACACAUAUUAGUGUAGAUUAAAGCCGAUAAAAGAUACCAUUUUGUAGGUUUGGAAUUUUAUAAAAGCUUUACACAACGUCGUGGAUUUAGCUCAGAAAAAUCAUAAAGUAUUCGAAGAAUUCUGGCGGACAUUUUCUAAGUUCUUCCGGCUUGGAUGCCUCGAUAUUUUGAGAGCUAGCCUGCUGUGUUUCAGCUGCAGGAACAAUAACUCCUCAAAGGAAUUGGACUUACACCAAUAGGUAAUCUCCCCUCUAUGUGACGCAAGUAUGCCGACCUGUCGACACUGCGCGGGAAGACACUAGUCCGAAGUGUCUUGGGCUGCCGACGAUGGAAUGUUAAGAGAAUGAUGUACGGGACACAGGGUCCGUUGUUUAUCGUCUGCUCCGAUGCCAGGAAACAGGUAGUCCAAAUGACACCUGAGCGAAAGUGUGCCGCGGAUUCUUUUCCGUAGAAAGGUCAUUAAACCAGGGCAUGGGGCCGACUCCGCUUCUGUCUUUCACAAAAUAUUACUGUCAAACACACACAAAAAUGUGCGAUGCGCGGUCACGCACCCUGUUCCACAUGGUACCAACCCUAACUCGUACACAGAACUGUGUAAUCCACAUCCACACUUAUCCAUCCAAAUCCAUCCACACGUAUAAAAUCUUUAUAUACUAAAACAAACAGCCAUAACACAAUAAGUUCUCAACACACACAAAUUGACUCAUUAAAAAUAUUUAAACUACAAGUAUACAGAUUCAACUUAUUCAUUAUAUAAUAUAUUGUAUUAUACAUCUUGUACAUAAGCCAAAUCACCAAUGUAGUUGUAAUGUAUAAUGAAUUGACCUAAGUAAAUCAUUGGAUGGCUUAUACCAAAUAUUGUCUUUUAAUUAACAAUUUUAUGUAUGUAUACAUAAAACAUUCAAAUUUGAGCAAUUGAAAAAUAACAAUAACAUUUAUUUUUAAAAUGAAUAAUAAUGUUUAAUUAAGCACACAGCCUUUAAAAUUUUGAAGAGUUUUUUGUUGUUGUAAUUUUAGCGCUACAACGUGUACAUUUUCCUCCGUAGUCAAUGAAUUAGCUUUGUAUUGUGUAUGUAUAGAGCUACUAGAUCUAUAUAGCAUGCUAGACGUCGUCAGUGCUCCCUGUUCAAAGUCAGUCUUCGUAGUUUGAUUCCACUAACUCAUGAGAAGCUCUUGAUUGGAAUACUUUAGCUUGAAAACUUUGAGCCAGCAAGAGUUUAUUACUUUAAGUUAUUUAUUAAAUGAUGAAAAAAAACCUGUUAUAUACUGACAUGUUCCGGACUCAUGACUCUGACUAAAAGCUCGCGACGCUGGACACUGACUCGUAAUCUUGACUCCUGACGCUGACUCAGGAUAUCGUACCUUGACGGCUAGCGCUUCUGUUUGACGAUUCCACUGCACGCAGGAUGACAGAAAAACUUUUUUCCCGUUUGCUCGGUCUAAAGUAAGGUCAAGGAUUCACCCCAGUCGGUUCCCAGAAAA